GGAAAUGAGAAACGUUCCCCUAAAAUUGGCUCUCACGCACUUACACUAAUAGCCACUAAUUUCUGUAUCAAAAAGCUUGUCAGUAUUUCUUCUCCAAGAGCUCAAAUUUAUGGAACCCAAAUGAAAUCUAAGCGGAGAAAACCCACUAACCAUGCUCAAUCAAUGCAAGAUUCAAUGUUAAAAAUCCCUUUUUUACCCACAGAACUCAUUACUGAGAUCCUCUUAAGGCUACCAGUGAAAUCCCUCUUGCAAUUCACGUGUGUUUCAAAAUCUUGGCUUGCUUUAAUCUCUAGCCCUGAAUUUGUAAAGAACCAUCUUAGUUCAUCUUCUAAUAAUAAAGAUUACACCCACCAUAAACUCAUGUUGUGUCCUUAUAGUUAUAAAGACAGUCUGAAGUAUUGUUCCAUUAGUUCCUUAGACUCUGUCACUGAGGUAUUUGACUUGGAUUUUCCUUUGAACAAAAACAGUGAAUCUGUUAGUAUUGUGGGUUCUGUCAAUGGGUUGAUUUGUCUUACCAUUAAGGAACGAGACAACUUUCUCUGGAAUCCAUCAAUUAGGAAGUUCAAGAAAUUGCCUUAUUCUGGAUCUUCUUUGAGGUCUAGAUACUUCUCAAUGUAUGGUUUUGGAUAUGAUGAACUUCAUGAUGAUUACAAGGUAGUGGGUAUUAGAACAAAAAAUAAUAGAUGGCAUCAUGUCCAAAUAUAUAGUUUAAAUAGUCACUGUUGGAGAAGUACGGAUGAUUUUCAGAGUGGUGGGGUAUCAUUCUAUAAGUCGGGUAUGUUUGUGAAUGGGAAGCUUCACUGGGUUACUUGUGUUCAUGGUGUUACUGUAGAUAAUGGUUGGGACAUCAUUUAUGUUAAUUUGGCUGAUGGGAAAUAUGGAAAGGUGGAGCAUCCCUACUGUGGAGAAGGAAACUUUGAACUUAAGUUGGGAGCGUUGGGAAGUGAUCUUUCUGUGUUCUGGUUAUGAAAGAACUCAAAUCGAUGUGUUGGUUAUGAAGGAGUAUGGGGUUAAUGAAUCCUGGAUAAAAAUGUUCACCAUCAAUACUCCUGAUAAUCCUGCAAGGUCUGAGUGUCUUCACUGUCCGCUCUUUUGCAUGUCAAAUAAAGGUCAAAUUUUGCUUGAGGUUGGAUCAACUUUCAUGAUUUACAAUCUAAAGGAUGACUCGAUAAGAUAUCCCGAGGUUACCAACUGUGCUGACUUUUGGGAUGCAAACAUCUAUAUUGAAAGCCUAGUUAGUCCUUUCACCAAACGAAACCAAGGAUGCAACAACAAGGAAGGCUGAAAAAGCUUUAGAUGAAGACAACCGUGUAACUAAUAACUAAUAGAGUUCGUGAUCCUGAAGGAAUUUCUCUGGAGAAAAGUGCGAAAAGAGUCUAAGCUGGUAUUUGAAAUACUAAAAUUAUGCAAUGAUCGCUGGAAAUAUCAAACCUUUUGAGCAGAUUUCCUGAUUCCAAACUGGCUGCACAUUCAUUACUGCAAGAUGCUGAUUCAGGUGAUCUGGAUGCAAGGUUAACAUAGUCAGGAGGAAAUUUGCAGUGAAAUGCAGGGACUGGCGGAAACUCCGGAGAGAAGGGAUAUGGUCUCUUCAUGCCAAUCAUCUACAAUACAUCAUCAGAAAUCAAAGAUGUAGCCAUCAACCAAAAAAAUUAAAAAUAAACCAUCUAUAAACUUAUAGUGUGUUUGGCCAAGCUUCCAAAUUUUGCUUAUUUUAAUGUAUUUUUUAUUAGAAGUGUUUUUCAGAAAAGUACCUUUGGAGAAAAGCAGUUUGUGUUUGGCUAAUCAAUGCGAAAAGCACUUUGUAAUAUUA